ACGAAGAAAGGCGUAGCUCAGAAUUGUUUGUUUUCAGUCGCCAUUUUCAAAUCGCAAACCUGCUGACAAAGAUCGAUUUGGAGUGAAGCAUUUUUUUCAUAAACAUUUUCUAGAGACUAUUCUACGGCCGAUUUGUUUAAAAUUGUGUUGUAAUAUCCACAAACGAAGUGACAGUGCAGCCAUGCUUUGGGAAAAAGAUGACGAAGUUAAAAAGUCAAAAUUCGAAGAAUUGAAUGACGAUUGUUGCUACGAGAUUCUUCGCAAACUGCCAUUGGAUGACUUGUGCGCUCUCAGUUGCACGUGUGUUCGAUUGCACAAUUUGUGCUCGAAGCAAUUCCAAAAAGAGUAUCCAUCGAAGGUAAUGCGCAUCGAAGGAACUUACUUUGAUGGCAAACUGAUAAAGCAACCAAACGAAGAGAAGUACAUCUCGUGCUUCGACAAAAGCAUCCGAAAUCUUGUACUGCUGUGUAGUAGUGCAAAUGAUUUAGCCGCAGUGAGCGCGUUUUAUAGACAAAAUGAAGAAGUAAGUGGUGUUGUUAAGGAAAUUCGCUUCCUACAUUGGCGCGAAGUUAUUCGUCGUUCUAGAUUUCAAAUGAAAGAUGCCGGAGAGGUGCUAUCCGAUGUGUUGAAAUCCGUCGAGACUAUUAUUUUUGAUGAUGUUGUUGUUUGGACCGAUGAUAGUUGGGACGAAAAUAUUUUUCGCCAUACACCAAAUCUGAAGCGCUUGACAAUUCGUAACGGCCAGUUGACUACCGUUCGUCCAAUUAAAUGGUUGCAAAAACCAUAUCCGAAGCUUGAGAGUCUUGAAUGGUAUGGAUUUGAGGUUCCAGAUGCAGAGGAAUUAAAAUCGUUUCUUGCACUCAACCCAAACGUACAACGUAUUUCACUCUCCUCGAUGGACGAAGGAGACAUCAGCAAAUUUAUAGAACUGGAUGUGAAGAUAGACGAGCUGUUCUUCUCUUCCCUUGGUGAUGAUGCUUCAAACCUGAACACUUUGAAGGGCUUGUGUGAUGUCCAAAAUGUUAAAUUGCAUUUAGGGAUAUUUUCCAUUAGAUAUCAAGACACCGAUUUGAUCUCACAAUUAGAAUCACUCCAGCCACACUUGGUAGGUCUUUAUAUGAUGUAUACCAUUGAAGAACAGGUGGUCAGCACAAUGGAUACGUUUGAACACUUGCAGUGCUUGAGGAUCAAAGUGACACGUUUACCGAAGAAUUACAAGGCGCUGAUGGCAAAAAUGCCCAACUUGCGUGAGAUGUUUUUGGACCAAAUUACCAAGGAAUGCCAAUUCAAAACAGUCCGUGGAAUGAUUUUGGCAGCUGUUGGUCAGUUAACGAAGCUAACGAAACUGUAUCUGAGAGGGAGCUGGAAGACCCUGAAGAAAAUGGAUUUCGCUGCAGUUCACCAGGAGCGAACAAAGCUUAAAGGCGCAAAAUUUUUGGAAAUAUUCAUUGAAUUGUUGCAUCAUCUCGACGUUUUUCCGCUUGAACGAACCAGCCGAUAUUUUGACUGCAUGGCAAUAUAUCCGACUGCAAGUGAGCCACCCAACAAUCCAUUCUUCUUCGAUAUAUACAAGCUUCUUGCGGCGAAAAACGACUCAGGUGGUUAUGAAUGGGAACGUGUCUAG